AUGGCCGCCAUUCAUUUCGAGUUCGACGUCAGCACUGGCAGUAAGACCUCGUUUGACUUAGAGCUGGAUGGGGUCAAAGACUUGACUGCUUUGAAACAUACCAUCAGCUACAAUUACGGCGUGGUUCAACCGGAGGGCCUCUCAUUCCACAGCAGCGACACGCCAUUGAACGAACUUGCCGACAUAAAGGCAUCCAAGGGCAAGAUUGGUAUCAAGGUCGAUGGCCAUGCGCUAAGAGAGAUUCCGGGGCCUUCGGGUCUUCCUAUGGUUGGCAAUUACUUCGAGGUCUUUCCCGAUCACCUUGGGAACAAUCAACGCUUCUUCGACAAGUACGGAGCGAUUUUCAAGACCAAUAACAUGGGCAAGAUCGUGGCCCAGACCAAUGACCCUGAACUGGCCCAGAUCUGCUUCUCCGAGUCAGAGUUCUUCUCCAAAGAGAUCGUACCUGACCACCCACUCUACCCCAUCAAGAACCAAAAAGCGGGCGUGUUUCUAGGCGAUACCGACAACCCAGACUGGAAGGUGGUCCAUAAGUUCUUGCCGCCAGCUUUGGGGCCCAAAGCCGUCCGUCACUAUGCUCCUCAGAUGAACAGUUGCUGCGAAGAGUCAUUUCCGGUGUUCGACGAAAUGGAAAAGGCCGACCAGGCUUGGAACGUUUACCAAUACAUGUUGAAGCUCAGCUCGGGCACAGUAGGCAAAAUCAUGCUGGGAAAGGACCUCAAGCACUUCACCAGUGUCGAUGCUCCCCUUGAUAGGAUUGUGCUCGCCAUCGCCGAGGUACUGGCCAUCAACAAGAAGAUUGCGAGCCGCGGCGAGUGGUAUUCACAUUUGCCGUUCGGCGACCCUCUGAGACUCAAAAACCUGCAACAGUUCAUGACCGACCAAAUCCAAGAGGCCAUCAACGAGGCUAAUUCGAGCGGUACUGAGGACCUGCAACUGCAGGAGGCCGCUCUCAAGGCAGCAAAUGUUGUUGAUUACCUGGUUCGCGCAACCGACGGCAAUGGCAAUCGACUGCCCAAAGAAAAUCUGGUAUCGGCCACCAUUGUCGCCACCGGUGCGGGUUUCACCACCACAUCUUCACUCUUGUCCUGGUGCCUGUAUGGCCUGGUCACGUAUCCCGGCACUCAAGCAAGAAUUCUCCAAGAACUCAUUGACAAAGACAUCACGGACGAGACCUCGAUCACCGCAGAUCAGAUUGACGAACUCGACGAACUCGGCAAGUUUGUCAAGGAGAUGCAACGGCGACACAAUCCAUCAUACCAGCCCGGUCGGACAGCCCAGCGCGACAUGAUAUUGCCCGGAGGCUACCAGGUAAAGAAGGGGACAGUUGUCAUCCCUGCAUUGCAUCACAUCCACAACAACCCAGCAAUAUGGGAAAAUCCAGCACGGUUUGACCCUGACCGGUGGGACACGGAACAGGUCAAGCAACGACACAAGGCUGCGUAUAUUCCUUUUGCCACCGGCCAGAGAAUGUGCAUCGGGUUCAACUUUGCCCUAUUGGAGGUCAAAAUCUUCCUUUGCAAGUUGGUGUAUCGAUAUCAUUGGGAAAAGGAGGGUGACAUGGAAACCGAAUACGAUCCUUUCUUCCAACUCAUCCGCCCUGUCAAUCUGUACGUCAAGACUCAAAAGCGCGAACGCUGGCCGAGCAAGACCACACAGGAAGGUACAGACACGAAUGGCAGUGGACAAGAUACUCGAGAGUCUUGA